AUGCAAGCAACGAAAAUGCGCACCCCCUUCGCCAUUCAGGAGAUACUCGGCUUGGGUGUCGGCUCGGCAGCUGCGGCCGCUGCAGCCAAUUACCAGCAGGCGCAACAACUCAGUCAGCAGCAGCAACAACAACAACUACAACAGCAACAGCUAACGCCGCUGCCUUUACAACAAAACCAACAGCAACAGCAAUCGCUUCAAUUGCAACAACAAUCGCCUACUUCACAAUCGCAGCAGCAGCAGCGCCAUAACAGCACCACCUCAACUUGUUCAACGCCUCCACCCGCCGCUACACCAACCGCAACCGAUUGCAAUAAUGCACCGCUCUCACCCGCCUCCUCGCACGGACGUCCAACACGCGAUUCGCGUUCCAUUUCGCCCGAUGUGACGCGUCUCUCAGCGGCAGCGGCAGCUGCGGCCGCCACAGCACACUGCCAGUUGCCUAUCUUCAAUCCGGCAAACUUUUACGCUGCAGCCGGCUAUGCGGAUCAUGCGGGGCAAUUGAAUGCGGCACAUCAUCAUCACAUGACGACGCUGGCAGCGGCGGCGUACUUGCGUGGCUUUUUGCCGCCGGGCUUCAGCACGCCACACGAAUUUCGCGGACACUUUCAACAGCAUUUUGGCAGCCAAUUUGCGGAACAAGCCGCACGUGGCGCCCAAGACUACAGUAAUAGCCUAAACAACAAUAACAACAACAACGAUGAUGUACAUUCGCCCAGCAAAGCGAAUUCGAGUAAUGGCUCGAACGGCAGCAGCAGCACCUCACACAUGUCCACAACGAAUGGCAGCCUAACUAGCAACAACAACAACAACAGCACCGCAUCCUCAAAUGGUGGCGUUACGAGUAAUGGCAACAGCAGCACCAGCAAUAACAACACCUCACCUUCGGUACGGCCUACACUUUCACCCGCUGAACAUGCCGCCGCCGCUUUAGCUCAUCAUGCUGCUGCAGCUGCGGCAGCACACCAUGCGCACUCGCAUCAUCACCAACAUGGCCACCAUCCGCAUGCACAUGCACACGCCCAUCAUGGCCAUCAUCAUCCGCAUCAUGCACACCACCAUCCACAUGCGCAUCAUCCGCACGCUCAUCAUCCGCAUGCGGGCGCUACCCAUGAGGCAUUCCUGAACGGUGCUGCUGCGGCGGCGGCGGCGGCUGCGGCCAUCGGAAGUGGCAUGGCCGGUGCCGGAAGUGUUGUGGGCGCACCUAAUGGCCUGCUCGGACACGGUGGCGAUCCUAGUGCGCUGCUGGGCGGUGCUGGUGGCGCUGGCGGUUUGAGCAGUAAAAAGAAGAAUAAACGGCGGCACGGGCGCACUAUAUUUACGAGCAAUCAAUUGGAGGAGUUGGAGAAGGCCUUCAAGGAGGCGCACUAUCCGGAUGUGAGCGCACGUGAAUUGCUCUCGAUGAAGACCGGCUUGGCUGAGGAUCGCAUACAGGUUUGGUUCCAGAACCGUCGCGCUAAAUGGCGAAAAACGGAAAAAUGUUGGGGCCACAGCACCAAAAUGGCUGAAUAUGGCCUCUACGGCGCCAUGGUACGACACUCGCUGCCACUACCCGAAACCAUACUCAAAUCGGCCAAAGAUGACGAAUCGGUAGCGCCAUGGCUGCUGGGCAUGCAUAAGAAAUCACUCGAAGCCGCCGAUAUAUUGAAAUCGGAUGAGAGUGAUCGUGAAACGCCCACCUCGGACGACACCAACACCUCCUACUCGGCCGGCAGCACACACAAUUCACCGAUCUCUUCAUUCUCCAUAUCGCGUUUGCUCUUCGAUGCCCCCUCCAAACACAAACGGCAUCACGAUGUGGUGGGGAGCAGUGUUGUUGGCGGUGGCGGCAUUGAUCUAGCCAAUGGCGCUAUGAGUGGUUUGGCAGAACAGGCGCAUGCACAAGCACAUGCGCACGUCAUGCAACAUCACCCCUACAAUCAGCAACAACAUUUGCAACACGUACAACAUCUACAACAAUUACAUCAGCAACAAUUAGCCGAACAGCAUGCGGAGGCGCAACGUCGUCAACAAGCGCAUCAACAUCAACAACAAUUGCUCGCGGCGGAGGCGGAAAUGCAACGCAGACGGCAGGAAGCGCAUGAACAGCGCGAGCGAGAAUGUGAAGUCGAAGCUGAUGAAGAGCCGAUGUGCGAUGAUGACGAUGAUGAUUGUGAUAGAGAAGAGAUCGAUAUCUGUGACGAUGUAGAUGACGAUAAAGAUAUGAAAAUGUUGCUGAGUGCUGAGAGUGCGGCGAAACGGAUUAAGCAAGAGAAUAGUGCAUCGAUGGCGUUGGAGAGUAGAUGAAAUUUGUGUAUAGACGUGUUGUUGUAAAUGAGGAAUAGGAGAGGGGUGUAAAGAAAUUAACUAGUAGUUGAAUAGGGAUAGUGAAGAGAAG